AGCGCACUGAGAACCAUUAAACGAUAGCCAACUGUUGAAUCCAACUUUGGCUGAAUUUACUAAACGAAACUACGAGUGAGCACAUAUUGGAACCACUCUACGCACUCUUACUUUACACUCAUGAUCAAGAAAAUGUCGCCUUCAGAGAACGACUAUGAUAUACCGGCGAAGAACUGCUGUAGGAUGGUGAUUUUGGGGUCCACCAAGGUGGGCAAAACAGCCAUCGUGUCCCAGUUUCUGAAUGGGAGAUUCGAUGAGCAGUAUACGCCGACCAUCGAGGACUUUCACAGGAAACUGUACAGCAUUAAGGGAGAUGCAUACCAACUGGACAUAUUGGAUACCUCAGGCAACCACCCGUUCCCUGCCAUGAGGAGACUAUCCAUACUGACAGGUAAAUAUCUUAUUCCAUCUCUGGUUAUUGCAACUCAAAUAGUGUGCAUGUUCAAUAACGCAAUUUGUGCGUCUUUGUAGUCGUUUCUUUUGGUAACCUCAAGAGUGUAUGCAUUGCGCGCAUUUUCCAUUGUUGCCACAGGUGCCAUUACGCAUUGAAAUACUGUAGCCUAUGUCAAUGUGUUUCAUAGAAGCUCUGAUACUAAAUGCCUUGCUCCUCUUGUUUCCAUUCAGGUGAUGUCUUUAUCCUGGUCUUCAGCUUAGACAACAGAGACUCCUUCCAGGAGGUUCAGAGGCUCAAGCGACAGAUAAUUGAGACCAAGUCUUGCCUAAAAAACAAGACCAAGGAGAACGUUGACGUACCUCUGGUAAUCUGCGGCAAUAAGGGCGACCGGGAGUUUUACCGGGAGGUGCAGAGUGAAGAGAUUGAGCAGUUGGUGGCUGGAGAUGAGCAGUGCGCAUACUUUGAGAUCUCUGCCAAGCGAAACACCAACGUGGACCAAAUGUUCCAGACCCUAUUCACCAUGGCCAAGCUACCCAAUGAGAUGAGCCCGGACCUCCACCGUAAGGUCUCGGUGCAGUACUGCGACAUGCUUCGCAGUAAAUCCCUGAAAAAUAAGAACAAGAAAGACGAUGGAGACGCGUAUGGCAUCGUGGCACCAUUCGCCCGGCGCCCGAGCGUCCACAGUGACUUGAUGUACAUAAAGGAGAAGGCGAUCGGUGGCGGGCAGGGAAAGGAUAAAGAGAGAUGUACUAUCAGCUAAGACUGUGAGAUGAAUCGUAUGGAAGACUUUGUAACCUAAAAGGAUAUGCUUCAUUUGUGAUGCACCUGACAGACAGGGCUUGGGCGCGCAAGGCUGCCCAUGUCGCUUCGGUUGCUCUUUGUGGGGACACUUGAGAGACAGCGAUGCCGAAAACCUAUGAGCUCCAGGCGCAAUGACACUGUCUAGAUUCAGCCACUCCACAAACGUGGAAGCGCAUGCUACAUGUCCACGAGACAUUUAACAACGUUA